AGUUGUUUAUAAGAAUUCUAAUAGAACGGUUCGUUCCUAUAAAGUCUCGGUUAGACAUAGUUGGUGUUUAUGGCUUUGAAUCUUUUUGUGAUCUUGUCGAUUCAUAUAAAUAAAUUGAAGCCAGAAUAGUGCUUUAAAAACAAAAACAAAACAAACAACAAAAUUAUCAGCAACAGUUCUGGUUGUUCCGUAUAUGCAAAUUAAUUGAAAAAUACAUUUAUUGAAACGCAGUAACAAAAGUUAAGGGAUUUUUGUAUUUAAGUCUAGUUUCGUGAAAAGAAUUUUAUGUGAACAAAAUAACAAGUUAAAAGAUGGCUCCCCGAAAAAUUCUAGAUCCUUCGAAGUUCAGUCAAGCUUUUCGAACUCUAUCAACUUUGAAUCCAACUACGAAACCCGCAGCCUCUUCAUCAAAUGGCAUGCCAGAUUGUAGCUUCAUUCCGCCAGCAUAUCAAGGUCCUGACUAUGACAAGAUCACUGAUAUUCGGAAAAAACACCUUACUCCAAACAUCACUUCAUACUACAAGAAACCGCUUCUAAUUCAUAGUGGAAAAAUGCAAUGGUUAUUCGAUCACGAUGGCAAAAGAUAUUUAGAUAUGUUUGGAGGAAUUGUAACUGUCUCAGUUGGACAUUGUCAUCCAAAAGUGAAUAAAGCCCUCGAGGACCAAGUGAAAACCCUCUGGCACACUACCAACAUUUAUAUGCAUCCUAAAAUCCAUGAAUACGCCCAGAGACUGACUGAUAUGCUUCCAGGUGAAUUAAGUCAAGUCUAUUUCGUGAAUUCGGGCUCGGAAGCCAAUGAUCUUGCCAUGCUGAUGGCUCGUCUUCAUACGGGAAAUUAUGAAAUUCUCACCUUUAAGAAUUGUUAUCAUGGUAUGUCCCCGUAUACCAUGGGCUUGACAGCUCAUUCCACCUGGAGAUUCUCGCUGCCUGGAGUUAGCAAUGGAAUUCAUCAUGUCAUGAAUCCUGAUCCGUAUCUUGGUAUUUGGGGUGGUUCAGCUUGUCGGGACUCGCCUUGCCAAACUGAUAGAAAGUGCGAAUGUAAUUCAGACACUGGAUGCAAAGCGGCAGACGAGUAUUAUAAGCAGCUCGAACAAGUAUUCAAAUUUUCACUACCUCGAGGAAAAGUGGCAGCAAUGUUUGCCGAAUCGAUUCAAGGUGUUGGAGGAACUGUUCAAUUCCCCAAGACCUAUAUCAAGAAGGCAGCCGAAAUGGUUCGAGCAAAUGGCGGAGUCUUUGUUGCCGACGAAGUACAAAGUGGAUUUGGUAGAACUGGAGAACACUUCUGGGGAUUCGAGGGACAUGGAAUUGUUCCGGACAUAGUAACAAUGGCUAAGGGUAUUGGAAAUGGUUUUCCCCUAGCAGCUGUGGUGACAACCCCUAAAAUUGCCGAGUGUCUUGGCCAAGCACUUCACUUCAACACCUAUGGAGGCAAUCCACUUGCCAGUGCAGUGGGUAUUGCUGUUUUAGACGUUAUAAAGGAAGAAAAUCUUCAACAAAACUCUCUAGAAGUCGGUACUUAUUUCCUCAAAGCUCUGGAAGAACUCAAACAAAAGUUCGACAUUAUCGGCGAUGUUCGAGGCAAGGGACUGAUGAUUGGCAUUGAAUUUGUGUCUGAUCGUGAGUUAAAAACUCCCCUCAGUGUUCCACAUAUCUUGGAAAUCUGGGAGAGUUGCAAAGAUCUCGGAGUUCUAUUCGGUCGUGGUGGAAUAAAUGGAAACGUUAUGCGUAUAAAACCACCAAUGUGUGUUAGUUAUGAAGACGUGGAUUUCGCUCUUACCGUUCUGGAAACUGUUUUGAGUGAUCAUCAUAUUAAAAAAGAACGAAGUUGGAAUCGAAAUAUUCGAAAAUGAAAUACAAAUAUUCAUAUCAAGAAGAUAUCAAAAGAAAAUGAAUCAAAUGAAAAGCCUAAUCUGUCGGGAUCUACCUAGAUAAAUAUACAAGUCCCAAAUGAAAACUGCAUUCAAAAGUCCAAAAUUGACAGUAAGGUCCUUAUUACAAAAAGCGAAUCGAACGUUCGACUUAAAGCGAACGUUUGAGGAAUUCAAUAUAGAGCAUAAUUAAGAUGGGUGAAUAUUGACGUUCAAUUUCUCCAAAAGUUGGCUUUUGAAAUGAAUAUUGAAAUGGGAUUCACGAAAUGAAUGAUUUUAAAAACGUUCGCUUUCAGUCGAGCGUUCGAUUCGCUUUUCACAAUAAGGGCCCAAAUGUUAAAAUUAAAAGGAAAUGAUACGAGUAUGCGAUUUAAAAGCUUACCAUGAUUAAAAAUAUUAAUACUACUUAGAAUAAAAAUAUAUUUAUUAUCAAAAAGAAACUUUCAAUUAACUAAAUAAUCUUUUAUUUACAUUAGACUUUAUGAGAAAGCAAAUAAUAUAGAGUCCUCUGUUCUGGUAAAAAGCAAUUUAAAAAUACAUAAAAUAGAACCGACAAAGAACUUUAAUCGAGAGUAAGAUAAUUUAAAUACAAAAUACCUAUUCCUGUAUAUAAAUAUACGUAACUGAUUAAAUUAAUGUACACAAUUCCUCUCAGAUACUGCAUGCGCAUUUACCCAGAGUCACUAUGAAAAAUUAGAUUGUAAGUUGCAACUUAUUUGCAUUUUUUGAUAUACAUAUUGCACAUACAAACGUAACUACUACAUAGGUCAUAUUUGAAAAAUAGUAAUAAGAACAGGUAGUUAUGUUAUCUGAUGCAAAAAUAGGUAUUAAAAUUAACUUACUUUUAUGGUC